CAGACGAGAAUAAAAGACGAAACUUGAGACGUCGAAGCAAUACAAUCCAGUCGGCAAGACACCAACACCCGUUGUCUUAAAACCACCUGUAGCGCAAAUCAUUCUUCCAAAAAUGGCCGCAGUGCUGAAACCCUGGACCGUUCUGGUGGCCCUCGUCCUGUGCUUGCUUGUGUGUCUCGGCACCUUCGUUGACGCCUACCCGCCCAAACCGGAGAAUCCCGGGGAGGACGCGUCCCCCGAAGAACAGGCUAAAUAUUACACCGCGCUCAGACACUACAUCAACCUCAUCACGAGACAGAGGUAUGGCAAGAGGUCCACCCCCGAGGGCGUGAUGUCCGAGCUGCUCUUCGGGGACAGUUCAGAGCACAACCAGAGAUCAAGAUAUGAUGACUCUUACAUGUGGUGAUCUCCUCCUGCCUUCCCCUCCGAAACCAUGUCCCCGACCUCAUCCCGAUCUGGUGUUCCUGUCCUGGUGUCCCCUGCGCUGAGGGAGUCCAAAGAUGGCCCCGGCAGCAGCUCCUUCACAGCCAAUGACCAUCUGUGGACCACGGCCUGCCACCUGACGCAUGCAACCUCUGUCUGCCUCUCCCUCUCCGUCUCUCUCUCUGUCUUCCCCUUCAUGGCUCUUAUCUCAUUGUAGCUCCUCUCUCAAUAACUUUGC